CUUUCAACUGUACUUCUCAGCAUGGAUUGCCAAGUUGCCUCGACUCGCGUGAAGGCCAUCAUUAGCAAAAUCAAAGCACUCAUCAGGAACAAGGAAGUAACCGAGGAAGGGAAAUCUCGAUUAGACUCGGGAUGGCAAUAUGGAGGCCAGAAGAUUAUAGCAGAGGCCGCCAAUCUGAAAUCUGAGUUUGAAAAAAUAAAUGGCAAACAUGUUAUAGAAUGCAAGGUAAUGCAUUUUUACAAGAGUGUCGAUUUCGAAAACCCGACUGGUCGCCUGAUUUUGAUACCGGUCAAUGGUGACAUAUCGAUCAUUCCCGGCGGCCCAAUGCUAGCAGACUCGAGCUACUAUCUAGAAGAUGAAAGAUCCCUCAUCGGGGAUGGGUUCGAUGCCAUCUUUGUUGUCCUUACUAAGGAAUAAUGCGAAGUGCUGGAAUUUGGAUACAAGCUGAUGCCAAUGACUUCAAGAAAAUUUUCUCAUGUUCCCAGAUAGCUCGAAUCCUGAAAGAGAUGUCUUACUGUAUUAUCCAUAUCUUGCAGAGGUUGGCUGCUAUUCCAAAGAGAAGCUUCAUUGAUAUUGGAAUACGAAGAAUCAAUUCCACCAACAUCUGGUAAAAUCAGUUGCAUGAGGGGGUUGAACCUGCUGAGAGAGGGUGCUGUUUCAUGCCUUGACUGGGUUUCUGGCAUAUUGAAUGGAUCCUCGAUUGGCAGAAUUUGAUUCUCCAACAAGAUAUUAUCUUCGUGAGUUAUUCGAGCACGUUUCUCUGGGACGAAAAAGUCAUCCUUCGAGGCGCGUUUGCGACUCUGGAUGAUCGAUCUGACUU